GGCGGGAGGCCAUUUUAUUCCACGAAAUUGAACAUAAUUCACAGAAGAGGGGACACGUUUCACCAUGUAUCCAUAAGUAGUCCUAGUCGAAGUGAAUUUUAUAACAUCAACGCAGUCGUGGAACUAUGAGGCAUUAACAAUUCUUUUUGAGGAGUAUUGCACACCAGGGUAACAAAAAUGAAGAAAGGGUUUUUGGGUAGAAAGAAUCAUUCCCUGUUCGACACCAGCGUCCAAAUGAAGGACGGGGGAAUGGAACAUGUGGAGUUGGGGUUUGACUCGUCAGCAAUACCAGUAUCAGGCACAGCUAAAGUUCGAUCUAGACCCACUGUUAAUUACUUCAACUCGCACACGUCCUCUGAUGUCGUGCAAGGCUUUGCCGUACCGACUCCGAAAGUGCCUGUCUUUCCUCCCCUGAACGGGCCGAAGACAAAUGGAACAGGAAGCAGCCAGCAGCUUCCCAAUGGUGGAAUCUUUGCUGUCCCUGACAAUGAAGAAGGUGAAAUACUUAUCCCUCCACCUCCAUCAGUGGCACCUCCACCACCUCCACCUCAGUUUUCCCCACCCUCGCCAAAGUUUGUCCCUGCUUCAUCUUUAUAUGGAGACUUUGAGGUCCCGCCAGAUCUGGCUUCGCUCCGACCACCACCCAUGCCUGCCCCCAAACCUCCAACAGUUGCCCAAUCCCAGGACAUUGACCUUGCUUCUCUGAAGCCCCCAUCAAUGCCCGCUCCAAAGCCCCCAUCUGUGACAUCCAGUACUAGUAGCGGCAAAGCUUCGUUGCCUGUAUCCAUAGUGAGUGAUCAUCCAGAUGUUCCUGAAUGUCCACAGUUCACCCCACCCCCACCACCAGUGGUGAAACAACAGCCUCAUCCUGGGCCCCAAAAGACCGCAAAGGCACCCCCGCCAAAGCCUGUCCGGAUGUCCUCCAUUCAGAAUCUUGAUGUUGCAUCUGCUUCAUCUUCCACGACUGCUGCUGUGCCUUCAAGCUUCAAUCCCCAUACCACAGCCAAGGUCUACAGCAUACCCAAGACCACUCUGCUGAGUGGAGGCAUAGACCGAGAUAUGAGACCCAAGUCAAUCCUCCUUCUAGAGGACUCGUCCGGUGACUCUGUCCGGGUCCAUGUCAAUGGCAGUGGCCCCGCAACGCCAAGUCCAGCUCAAACACCAUUACCUCCAGCUAAGCCAGCACGCAGGGCAAGCUCUGGCGCUCAGCUGGAGCAAGAUUUGAAGGACCUCAAAGAAAAUUUAACAGCCACCUUACCAAGCCAACACAAAGCUGUGCCUUUAAGCACACCAAAAACUCAGACACCUCCAAAUGCCAUUCCAACUCCAACAAAACCAGCAGCAACCCCUCCUGCAGCUUCCCCAAAAUUACCAAAAGUGCCAGCUGCUCCUACUCCACAAGAAACAAGCCAGACGAAGGUACAGGAGGUAUCCCAAGUAAGACCCCGUCAGUACAGUCCUCUACUGGCCAACAAAUUACACAACCUCAAAGCAAGUGAGAGUUCAGGGACGAGGGAAGCUGGAACUUCCCCCUUGGCCCUACUGAGGGCUGCUAAGGAGCGAGAGCGGCAACGUUCAGGUUUGUCCCGUGAGAACAGCGGCAAGAGCAACCGAUCUGUUGAGCUCCCUACCCAGGCAACUAUUCAGCCCAGCGAAUCAAAAUCCAACUCUUUCACAGUAACCCCCAAGUCCUCCUCAUCCACAUCACUAAACUCUCAAGAAAGACUUCCUGCAGAGAAACUUGAUCUUCCUGCUCAGGUAGCCAUUCCUGCACAGCCUCAAGCUCCUGUACAGGUCACUCCACCACAGGUGAGAAUCUCUGUUGCUAAGCAAGAACCAAAGCCUCCAGUACUCUCCACAGUGCCAUCCACUUCUCGUAGCAAUGUUGAAAAGAAAGUUCAGGAUACUAAUUCAGCUCCAGCCGUCUCCAGCGUCCAAGUUCAGGACUUCAGCAUCCCUUUCAUUCCUCCCCCGCCAGAGUUUGCAAACUCAGAUAGUGAAGAUGGGGAGGGUCCCCCAAGCACACCUCCUCCUGAUCCUCCCACAAAGCCAUCAAUACCACCUCCACCACCACCUGCAGGACCACCACCACCACCACCACCUGCAGGGCCACCACCAUCGCAAAGCACCAUCGCAAAGGGACCUCCCACUGCCCAAAAGCCAAAGCCGUCAAACACACCCAGACUUGUACCAUCUCAGAGUGACCUGCAAGCCAAAAUCGCUCAGCAGACCAAGCCGAAGCCGCUUCCCCAAAAUCUUCCCUCAACACCUACAUCUGCAAGCCAAGCCACUCUUCUCAGUAUCUUGCAAAAAAAGAUGCUGGAGAUGGAUCCCAAAUUGUCAGCUCAGACCAAAGAAGCUGAUAACACAGAUGACUGGGUCACCACACAGUCCGAUGACGAAGAGGACAUUCGGGUUCCACCUAAACCUUCUCCUAAAGCAAAGAGCGCCACACUUCCACCACAGGCAAGUGGAGGCCUCGAUAUGCGGGAGCUUGAGACCAGAAUGGCCCAGAAGAAGGCAGGAAAUGUUGCUGCUGCAUCAAAGUCACCUGCAAGUAAUGGACCAUCCAAGCAUCCUCACGGUAUGACAUUUACAGUACGACCAGGGACCAAACAACCCAUUACUCUAGUCAGUAAAGAAGACUCAUGAAGACUUUCACUAACAGGACUGCAUCAGAAGUAAAAACAAAACUCAAAUACAAGACACACCAGUGCCUUUACAGUGCUGAAGAUGAUCAACUGUGAGCACUUUCCUCUACUUCAGCAUGGGGAAAAAGAACACAGCAUGGGGAAAAAGAAGAAUGUGCCUGUCAAUUUUGUUUAGCCUUCAAAUAAUCUACUGUUGAAACAAACAGCAGGACUUUUUUCCCCUUGUUAUUUAACCUUCUGUGCUUUCAGUAUCAGACAUUCUGGUCCUCUGUUAAAAGUUCUAAAGUCCUUGGAGUGUCUGACUUGUCUGGGGCAACAUGGCUGUUAACUUCAGCAGGUUUCAGGCUUAUCACAGUUAGUGAGCUUUGCCUUAUUGUUUUAACCCGUUGAUGAACUAGUGUUUUUUAUUCGCUGCUGACAAAAUAGUUGCGUGCGGAGUCAGUGUUUCUACAAAUGGUACAGAUAAAGAAAUGUUAUAUAUUCCUAUGGACAAAGAUGUACAAAUGAUCAAGCUGUGUCUUUUGUACUGAAUACUAGUUCUCUUAUAUCCUAACAUCUGCUUAUUUAUAUUCAACCCGAUGGGAAUUCAUCUGUCAUUUACCACAACACUAAUCUAGUUUUGACAUAGGUCACUCAUACCCCAAUGCCAAGAGGCAUAAUCUAAUACUUUUUAUUAAAAAAGAUGUAAUCUUUGUUUGUUAGUUAAACACUUUUAAUAUGCUGCCAAACACUUUUAAUAUGCUGCCAUCUUCCAACAAUAAUGCUGCGUCAUUUAUAAACACGCCUGGAUUUUGAGAGCCUGUAAGAAUGUAAAUAUGUUUCUCACAGCCAAAACAUGUAAAUAGACACUUGGAUGUGAAGGUUAAUGGCAUUGUGAGCAUGGACAAUAUAUUUUACAAGGCACCGCAAUGACCCACUAUGCUUAGCAUGUUAUAAAUAGGCUAUGCAUCAUUGGUAUGACUUGUAGACUUAUCAAAAGUGACUGUAUUAACCUUCAAAAUAAACCUCAGAUUAAAAGGGGACACCAAAUGGACAA